UUACUAGCGAACAGGAAGCGGCAGCGAAGCUCGCCACUAGAUCAGAAUCAGCCCAAAUCUACUUUUAAACGCUAAAAGGCGCCUUUACACUAUGUAACUAUGUCUGCGGAAGCCUGUCAAGAAACAGCGGAACACUCCGCGUUGCUCAAGCUCCUCUCUGCACUGUUUUAUGCCGGAAGUUCGUUUCUUAUUACCGUAGUAAACAAAACCGUGCUGACCACCUUUAGAUUUCCCUCCUACCUGUGUCUGGGAAUUGGACAGAUGAUCAUGACUGUUAUUGUCCUUUAUGCGGCCAAAAAAGGCGAAACAGUGCAGUUUCAAGACUUUGACAGGACUGUUCUCUUAAAAAUUUUCCCCCUCCCUUUGCUGUAUGUUGGGAACCAUAUAACAGGCCUGGCAAGCACCAAAAAACUCAGCUUACCCAUGUUUACAGUUUUAAGGAAAUUCACUAUAUUGAUGACAAUGAUCUUGGAAGCAUAUAUACUAAGAAAAACAUUUCCAAAAUGUCUUGUGUACAGUGUUGUGACUAUAGUCUUGGGUGCCAUGAUUGCUGCAAGUUCGGACCUGGCCUUUGAUGCAGAGGCCUAUGCUUUCAUCCUGCUUAAUGAUGCGUUCACUGCAGCCAGCGGAGUGUACACAAAGAAGAAACUUGGUGAUAAGGGUCUUGGGAAGUAUGGGGUCCUAUUUUACAAUGCCUUAAUAAUCGUCAUUCCUACUGUUUUGGCAAGUUUGUUUACUGGAGAUUUACACAAGGCAGUCACAUUUGAAGACUGGGUGAAAGCCACAUUUGUCUUAUGUUUCCUCAUGUCAUGCUUAAUGGGGUUUGUGCUGAUGUAUUCCAUCGUCCUUUGCAGCCAUUAUAACUCAGCACUUACUACCACAGUAGUCGGGGCAGUAAAGAAUGUUGCAGUAGCCUAUAUUGGCAUGUUUGUGGGUGGAGACUACCUGUUCUCUUGGGCUAAUUUCCUAGGCCUCAGCAUUUGCAUGUUAGGUGGGCUUAUGUACUCGUAUUUCACCUUUAACAACAAGAAUCCAUCUGGAAGUAACACAGAAGGAGCACAAAAGCUGAAGUCUGACACUACAGAGGGAUCAGCAAAAAAGUACUUUGUCGUCUAAAGAGAUUUAUUUCACCACUUGGUGGCACUGCUCUGCUCCAUAUUGGAGCAUGAUGUUACUUAUGUGCAUGUAAAAAAAUCAAUCAAUCAAUGAAGUACUUUCCAAGUAUACUGCAGGUGUUAUCCAUUUCAUUUUACUUUGAGUAAAGUGACAAGAAGGGCACAUACAUCCUGGGUCAGGUUCAGU